AUGUCGAAAAGAGAUCAAGGCGAUAGAAAUGAACGAAAAUUAGAAACGAGUGAUUUUGAAAACUUACUUACACAGCAUAGUUUAUUUGAAACGUCCAGAUCCAAACAUCAAGAAUUACCUAGUUUUCCUGGAUUCACUAAUGCUGAAACUCAAACAAAGAAUAGUGACAUAAAAAAUCAACCAGUGCAGCCUGGAAUUGGAACUUGGCAUUAUAAUCCUUGGUGGAUGCUUGCUAGUACUUCAAGAAACCUUCCCACACAAGAUGAAUUCUCUGAAAGUAAUGAUCAAACAAAAGUUAAAGAAGAACCAUCAGGUGCUGGAACUCCUGACCAUGACCCCUUACAAACAGAUAUAGAGCAGUACCAAGCAGUGCCCACUCCACCACCUGCAGGAUUAGAUUCAUUCUGUGAUGAUUGUUCAGAUCCUUUUUGUGACUCGAGUGCUGCUGUGUGUCGUAAGCUUUUUCACUGUCCACAUUGUAGAAAAAGUUAUCCUACAAUAUUAGAGUUUAAUUCACAUUUAACACAGGUUCAUGCUGCUCAAAAGCCUUUCAGAUGUCAAAUCUGCUUAGAACCAUUUCAUAAGAAAUCAUAUCUACGUAGACACCUUGAAGCUAAUCACACACGUAAAGAUGUAAAUAAGUGUUCUGUUUGUUCAAAAUAUAUAAAAGACAAAAGUAAUCUCCGUAAACAUAUGCAAGUUCAUACUGGGAGAGUGCCUCAGAAACAGUUUAAAUGUGACCUAUGCAAUAAUAAACGCUAUAUGUCACUGGACAGACUUAACAAUCAUAGGGUAGUGUGCACUGGAGAAAAGGUACUGAAAUAUUGCGACAUGUGCACUAAAGUAUUUGAUAACUCAAGAUCAUUGAACAGUCAUAGGAAGGUGCAUGCUCGUGAACUAAAGUGUGACAGCUGUGGUGAACAGUUACGUACAUUAGAACAAUUUACAAAUCAUAAACUCUUAUGCCAAGGUACAUCUACAGAUGCUAGUGGAAGUCAGAGUGGUUCCACAAGUGGUGGAAAUUUAAACCGUUGCUGCACCCAGCCAGGGCUAUGUGAACAUGACAAACCUGCUUACCUGAACAUACCGGGCUAUGCUGCUGGUAGGGUCCUUGAGGCUACACUUUCAACUUUAAAAUCUGAGUUGAAUUGA